GGCAUUGACCAAGGCCAUUGACCGAAGACAUUGACCAAGGCCAGAGAGAGGGAGGUGAAGAUGUUAACUGAAUGGGUGGCCAAUCUGGUCCUGGGAGAAGAAGAAGAGGUUAUGUUGCUUGUUCCCCAAGCAGAAAGGGAGGCGUUCGUAAGAGAGUUGGAAGCGGAGGAGGACCCCUUGCGCCGACAGGCCAAAGACGAGGAGAAGAGAUUGGAGUGGAAGUUGCGCCUUGUGAGGGAGAGAAGAUGGCGAUUGGAGGCGGUACACAGGAUGGAGAGGGAGUUAAGGGCUGUUGAAGAGCGAAUGGGACAAUUGCGAGCAGAGGCAGAUCUUCAUAGGAAAAUAGAGCUCCUGUCCCAUAUCAUGGAUGUGAUCUUGAAAGUUCAGCAGGAGCAGCUGCGCUAUCUGAGAGGUCAGGACAUUGCUUUGCAAUCCAUGCGCAUGGGGUUCAAAAACAGUGCACGAGAGAUAAUGAUGCAUGUGGGCGCAGAAGUGCGCGCUGCAUUAGAAAACACCGAGAGAUUUUGCACAGGCAUCAUAGAAGGCGCCAAGAUAGCAACCCCCAAAGAAGAGGAGGCGCGGCCACGUCAAGAGCGCGUUAAGGUCAAGUUCCCUGAAUCCUAUAGUGGGAAGAAGGCAGAGGAUUUUGAUAAUUGGGAAGCCAAUAUCAAAUCCUACUUGCACCUCCAGGAUAUCACACCUGAGAACCAUGUUCUCGUGGCCUUUUAUGCAUUGAAGGAAGAAGCGGCCAGCUUUGCUAGGUCGAUUGCACGUGCCGCCAAAUGUGACAACGAUAUGGUCACAUACUCUUCGAUUACUAACUUAAGUGAUUUUUUGUCUGCCCUCCGUGAACGAUUUACAGAUGUCACUAGAGGUCUCAAGGCGUCUGACAAGUUACAGACUAUCCACAUGCGACAGUGGAGUGCAGGAGCACUCAAGGCCACCAUGGAUUAACUUGUCGCUGGUCCUGUCUUGCGUUGAAGUAUUCUUGGGGGCCUUAGAAUUUAGGCUGGCAGGAGUGAAACGGUUUUCACCUAUU